AUGAAAGAUGGAACAGCUGCAGCUUGGAGUGAAGCCAAAAUGACGGAAUCCAAAACCAACAAUACCUACCCCACAUGGGCAGACUUUAUGAAAAACUUCACCACCAGCUUCAAAACAGCCAAUGUAAAAGGGACAACCUUGGCAUCCCUUAUAAAGAUGAAAAUGGAACAUAGAGAAAAUGUGGUUGCAUUUAAUUCCAGGUUCAUGCUGGAUGCAGGAAAAAGCGGAAUCAAUAAUGAAGCAAUGAUUAUGGUUUAUCAGAAGGCCAUUUGCCCACCGCUACUCAGAGAAGCCAUAACUUCUGGAGAAUUAAAAACGGUUGAAGAGUGGAUGAACAUGGUAGCAAACCUUGAUGCCAAUUGGACCAGUGCCAACUCCAUUUUGGAAGGAGCAUGGGGAAGCCGAGACAAAAAGAACUAUAAAGGAGGAAACAAAGGAGGAAAAGGAGAAUCCUCUACCAGUAUAAAAAGAUUAACCAAGGAAGAAGGCAAAAACAGAAGAAAAGAAGGUAGAUGCUUCAUCUGCAAUGAAAAGGGGCAUAUUAGCAGGAAUUGCUGA